AUGGCGGGAGCUAUGGCGGUCCUGAUGGUACUACUAGCGGCAAUUGCUACUGGGGCCUUUGCCAAUGAUCCUGACAUGCUUCAAGAUGUCUGUGUUGCAGACCAUACACCAGGAAUACUUGUGAACGGGUUCGCGUGCAAAAAUAUUAGCACAAUAUCCCCACUAGACUUCUUCUUUAAAGGGAUUUCACAACCAGGCCAGAUCACAAACACUAUUCUCGGUUCAAAAGUCACCUCAGCGAAUGUCCAAGACAUUCCAGGUCUCAAUACAUUGGGAAUCUCCAUGGCUCGUGCCGAUUUUGCUCCCUACGGUCUAAACCCACCUCACAUUCACCCCCGUGCCACUGAGAUGCUCUUUGUCCUCGAAGGUGAACUAUAUGUUGGCUUCAUAACCACCAGCAAUAAGCUCAUUUCCAAGGUUGUUAAGGCUGGUGAAGUAUUUGUUUUCCCUAGAGGUUUGGUUCACUUCCAGAAAAACAUGUCCAAACACCCAGCUGCUGUUUUAGCUGCCUUCAACAGCCAACUCCCUGGCACUCAACAGUUUGCAGCUGCUCUAUUUACUUCCGACCCGCCUGUGCCUAAUGAUGUGCUAGCUAAGGCUUUUAACACUGACCAACACAGUGUUGAGAAGAUUAGGGCUGGCCUUACUCCUAAAAUGUAGGCUUUUUCCAUGGUAAUAUAACAUAAAUCUUAAUUCAGAUGUUAGUUUGUAACAUUAAGUUAUUAGCAAUAAGGAUUGUUCAUGAUCAAUUGGAUUAAUAUGUUUUUCAUUGAUUUUUUUUUUUUUCAUGUUGAAAGUAUCAUUCUUUACUAGUGUGUAUUAAUAUUAAUGUAAGUUGAUCGAAUUUGUAUCAUUAAUACCGACUUAUUAUUUGCCAUAAGUUUGAUUUGAAAUUUAUUGGAAUUCAAAGCAUGUUGUGUCUUGUGCAUCCUCCUACUAAAACCUAAAUGGUCACAAAGAUUUUCCCAAUUUCUGGGACUGUCUUUUCCAAAAUAAAUAAAAAACAUAUAUAAAAUAGAAAAGAAAAAAAAGAAAGACAACAAUGUGUUUAGCAACCAUUAUGAUUUGGUUACAAAACAAAUUUGGACACCAGUCUACUAACUUAGCGACCACUGUUAAUAAUGGCUAUUUCCUACAUUUUGUAGUGUGUGAUCCUCCUGCAGCUCCUUAAAUUAUUCUUCUUGUUCAAGAAAGUAUACUGUCUGAGAGUAUUAAGGGUUUAACUAUGAAGAAGUCAUAAAUGUGACAAGAAUGCAUAGUAACAUCAGAGUUGUGAUCCAAACUAAUUGAAAAUUUACUACGAUUAUUAGUUGACUUAGUUUUAUUCUUGGUUCCAAGUAGUAGAACUAUUAUUGGAAUCUCCAUACAAGUAACCUUUGAUUACACUACGCCUCUAAAAGUUGUUCAAAAGCCGACUUUAGCUUGUUAACAGUUACAAGCAAAUGAAUAAGCAAAUAAUUAUCUGAUCCAACCCCAGCCCCUCUCUCCUCCUCAAUAAUACACCCAAAAAGGGACUGUUCAAAAGGGGUUGUUUUGAAGCACUGGCAAUGCAAAGAUGAGGCCAAAACAUGCCAUCACACCCCCCCCCCCCCAACACCAAAACAAGGCUAGAGUUUCCCAUUAAAUGGUUUUCUAUUGCUCUGCCCCCUAAGCCCAAGCCGCUUGCCAUAAUUGUUGGUCCCCCUUGACAAUAAGGUAUGGCUUUGCCCCUAGUUCAAACAUUGAACCUCUCUUUAAUUACUGUAUGUAAAUAUAUUGUAUAAUAUUUAUUUUUGACAUAUUCAAAGACAAGGAGAAAGAAGAACCACUAAUUGUAUAAGUUGAUGACUUUAUGUAUGAUGAUGAAUAUGAAAGCAUUGGCAAAUUACUAAAAGAAGUUAAGUACACUAGAGUUCACCACAGACUUAACAAAUAGACCAGAUUGAAAAAAAGUAAACCCAGCUGAACAACAUACGAAGUAUUCGAAAUAGUUGUGUAACAA